GAUCAUGGCAACAGAGAAAUGGGGAAAGGUUAAGGCCAAGCCAGCAGCCGGAGGAUGGUGCCCCAAAGUUUUGCGAGUGGUGUGGAGGUUAGGGCGGGGGAUGGGGAGUAGAGGCGCAGUUUUCAGCUCUGGGAAGAUGGGAGAUCAGGAGCGAUCAGCUGCAGCGAGGUUGGAGGAAAACCCUCAGAGAGUGGGGGCUGGAAGCCCCGCAUGCACAUGUUUGGAGAGAUUGGGUCCUAGGCUGUACUCUUUCUUAGGUUUUAAUGCCAGGUAGGCUUUAAAGGAGCGGGUGCGAGUGGAGCCAGUCCGCGUCAAAGUCUGGGACUGGUGUAUUGAUCUCGAUUGUGGAGCUUUUGGUGUCCAAAGAGUCUUUGCUGACAACCUGUGAACGUUUCUGCCAAUACAGUUGCCAUAUAUUCUAUGCCAUGACUAUGCCUGCAUUUCAGUUGAUAAGAGAUAAUUGUGUGUAUUUCUGGGGUGCAAUGGGGUGUUUUGAUAUAUGUAUUAUAUAUAAUAAGAGUAAGUCAAGCUAAUCAACGUGUCUACCAUCUUACUAUUUUUUUAGUGGUAAGAACCUUUCUACUUUACUUGUUUCAAAAUUUUGAAACGUGCAUUCCAUCAUUAUCUACUAUGGUUACUGUGCUGGGCACUAGACCAGCAAAACCUAUUCUCUCUUGCCCAGAGUCUGUGCCCCUUGGCAAACAUCUCCGUGCCCCACACCCAGCCCCUGGUAACCAUCACCCUGUUCUUUGCUUCUGUGAGUUUGACUUUAUGUCCUCCACACGUCAGGUCAGGAUGUCUGCCCGGCUGUGCUUAGCUUAUUUCACUUAUUUUAGUAGGAUCAUCCACUUUGUCCCAAACGAUAGAAUCCUUUCUCUUAAUAUUGCAUUACAUAUGCAUAGGCUACAUUUUAUUUAUUCCUCUGUUGAUUAACACCUAGAUUGUUUCCAUGUGGAUAACACAAAAUUUAGCACUCAAGUGCAGAUGCCUCUUCCACAUACUGACCUCCAGUCCCUUUAUAACAAGCUUGCUAGAAUGCAUGGCAAUUCUGAUUUGAAUUUUUGAGGAAUCUCCAUGUUGUUUUCCAAAAUGGAUGUGUUGACAUUUCCUCCACAUUUUUGUUAACAUUAGCUUUUGUCCUUGUGAUAAUAGCCACACCAGCAGAGCUAAGGUAAUAAUUCAUUGUGAUUUCAUUUUCUUUGCCUCAAUAUCUUCCUUUGAGAAAUACCCAUCCAGGAACUCUGCUCAUUUCUAAAGCUAGGCUGCUUUCUUGCAACUGAGUUUAAAAAUAUAUAAAUAUAUUUUAUAUAUGUAAAUACGUGUGUGUGUGUGUACAGGAACAUGACAUGGCACUCAUGUGAAGAUCAGAGGACAAUUGCAGGAGUUGGUUCUCUCCUUUUAUCACCAGGGAUUGAACUCAGGUCUUCAGGCUUGGUGGCAAAUGCCUUUACCCUCUGAGUCAUAUCACCAGUCCUCCGUGUAUUUUAUUUUAUUUAAAUUACUUAAAAUUUUUUGAGAUUUUUUUUAAACUUUAUGUGUAUGGGUGUUUUGCCUGCAUAUAUUUCUAUAUAUACCACGUGUAUGGUGUCCGAGGAGGCCAGAAGAGGAUGUUGAAUUCUCUAGAACUGGAAUUAUAGACAGUUGUGAGCCACCAUAUGGAUGCUAGGAAUCAAACUCUGGUCCCCUGGGAGAGGAGUCAGUGCUCUUAACUGCUGAGCCAUCUCUCCAGCCGCCCUCCAUAUAGUUUAGACAUUAGCAUUUAUCAACUGUAUGGUUUGAAGUAUUUUCUCCCACUGUGUGAAUGACUGAUUCUUUUAUCAGCCUGUUUGUCUGUUUCUGCUUCUAUCAAUCACCCGUGUUUAGGGUCUAGCCAAGAAACCACUGCCCAUGCCGUGUCAGGACUUCCACCUCUUUUUCUCUUGGCGUGUCAGGUUCAGGUGAUGGGCUUAAGUCUUUAACCCAUUUCUAAUUGAUUUUUUUUUUUUAUGUGUGAUAUGAGGCAAGUAACAAUGAAACCUGGGCUUGGUGGCUCACAUCUGCGAUCUUAGCUAUUAUAAAGUUGAAACAGAAUUGUCAUGGAUUCCAGGCCAACCUGGACUGCAUGCCUGCUGGAGAAGCAGUAGUUCAAAGAAACCCUGAUGCGACCGCUCCAGAUCCUUCCCGGCCGAUUCAUUUCCCAGCUGUGUUGUGGACUGAAGCCUCCAGCCUCCCCGCAAAGCAAGAUCUGCCUCACCAUGGCUCGUCCAAGUUCAAAUAUGGCAGAUUUUCGGAAGUGUUUUGCAAACGCCAAACACAUAGCCAUCAUCUCAGGGGCUGGCGUUAGUGCGGAGAGUGGGGUUCCAACCUUCAGAGGAGCAGGAGGUUAUUGGAGAAAAUGGCAAGCCCAGGACCUGGCGACUCCACAGGCCUUUGCCCGCAACCCAUCACAGGUGUGGGAGUUCUACCACUACCGGAGGGAGGUCAUGAAGAGCAAGGAACCCAAUCCCGGGCACCUGGCCAUUGCCCAGUGUGAAGCCCGGCUACGUGACCAGGGCCGACGGGUUGUAGUCAUCACUCAGAACAUCGAUGAGCUGCACCGCAAGGCUGGCACCAAGAACCUGCUGGAAAUCCACGGGACCUUGUUUAAAACUCGGUGCACCUCAUGCGGCAAUGUCGCUGAGAACUACAAGAGUCCGAUUUGUCCAGCGUUAGCAGGAAAAGGGGCUCCAGAACCAGAGACCCAGGACGCCAGAAUCCCAGUUGACAAACUUCCCCGGUGUGAGGAGGCCGGAUGCGGUGGCUUGCUGCGACCUCAUGUGGUGUGGUUUGGAGAAAACCUGGAUCCUGCUGUUCUGGAGGAGGUGGACAGAGAGCUUGCCCUCUGUGACCUGUGUCUAGUGGUGGGAACAUCCUCUGUGGUCUACCCAGCUGCCAUGUUUGCCCCUCAGGUGGCUUCCAGGGGAGUCCCAGUGGCCGAGUUUAACACGGAAACCACCCCAGCCACCAACAGAUUCAGGUUUCAUUUUCCAGGACCCUGUGGGACAACACUUCCUGAAGCCCUUGCUCCUCAUGAAAAUGAAAGGGUUUCUUAAUUGUCCUGUGGAAAAAGGAGAAGAUUGUGUAGUGCAUAACCAGGGCAUUAACAGGAGAAGAGGUUUUGUGGAUGACAAGCUGAACUUUGGAAAUCCUAAAAAUACCCUUUGAGCCCCUAGAGGACAAUCUGUGAAAGGAUUGGGCUUCAAAACACCAACAGCAAAUGAGGCUGAUGGGCUGUCAAGUUCUUCCAUCUUAUUUGAUUUCAACUGAAAUAUGAGUAUUUUGGAUUUGCUGUUCUUGGUCAGUUACUGGGAGGGAAAAAUUUGUACUUAAAUUGCUUGAAAAGAAGGUAAUUAUCCUGUUUAUUUGCAUCUUGGGCAAAGAUAGAAAUAGAGAAUUAAAACCCUAAAAGUUAAACCCUAGUAAAUUUUUUUGGCACAAAUUUUUGUGGAAAUUAAACCAUCCUUUCUAGUUGGUAACUUAUUGUAUAAGGAUGCUCUUCCAAGAGAUGUCUUUGUUGGGGGCUUCUUUUCCCUUUUCUUUUCAGUACUUACCUCGCUUGGAUGCCUUACCUUAAAGAAUGUACAAGAACUCAUGCAAGGCAAGAAAAGGAACAACCAAGUAGAAACGUCAGGAUGAGAAAAAGAAUAAUGCUAAUCCAGGACGGAGCAGAUGAGCUGCCUCUGAGAGAAGUAAGUAAUGGGUGAUCAUUGCUGAAGGUCACGGAUGGAGAGCAUCGUCUCUGCUGGUCUACAUCAUCACUCAAUGUUAUAAAUGAAGGGGAACAUCAUCUCUGCUGGUCUACAUCAUCGCUUAGUGUCAUAAACAAGGAGGUAUGUGGUUUCUACUUGUCUAGGAGCUCCACUGGACCCUGAGAAUGACCUUUUUACCUUGCACUAUAAUAGCAAGAAUGCUGCACUGUCUCUGAACCCCACCUGCUGAUGCAGCCCAGGGCCUGAACUGUGGCAGGGAUGUCAGGCCUAGAGAGGAGCAGUGGCCACUGGGGAAGAGGAUAAAGGUCAUACAUAAUGCUCUCCCUUGGGUCCAGUCAGUUCCCCAGGUCACGAUGCACCCGGGCUGCCUCCCCUCAGCCCGUCUCAGAACUCCACUUAUUUUAGUACUCUAGGCAUCUUUCAAUAGUUAGCUUUCUCAUGGAUGUAACCAAAAUUCCUGACAAAAAUUAAAGGAUGAAGGGUGUAAGUGAAGAAUGCUUCUUCAUUUCCCGGCCAUCCAGACCCAAAUAACAACACAGAAACUAUAUUAAUUACAGCACUGUUUGACCAAUAGCUUAGGCAUAUUCCUAGCUAGCUCUUACAUCCUAAAUUAACCCAUUUCUAUUAAUAUGUGUAUCACCAUGAGGCUGUGGCCUACUAGUAAGGUUCUGGUGAUAUCUUUCUCCUUCAGCAGCUACAUGGCAUCUCCCUGACUCCAUCUAUUCUCUUUCUCUAUCUCUUCCAGCCUGGCUAUAUUCUGCCCUGCCACAGGCCAAAGCAGCUUUGUUCAUCAACCAAUAAAAGCAACACAUAUAGAAGGACAUCCCACAUCAUUUUCCCUUUUCUUUCUAAAUAAAAAGGAAGAUCUUAUCUUUAACAAAGUAAAAUUACAUAUACAAAGCAGUUAUCAAGCAAGAAUUAUAGUUACAAUAUUUAGUCCAUUUACAUUUGGCAAAUUAAGGAUAAUAUUCUAUCAUCUAUCCUAUCUUUGUGAGGCUAAAGUUUUAUAUCUAAUUUAUUUUAUCAUAACUAAGGAAAACUAUAACUAUCUAUUCUUCAACUCCAAAAGACCCCAGAAGGAUAUAAUAUUACCUAAGUUAACAGGAAGUGCAUUGUAAGCCAACUUCCAAAACUAGAACUGACAGAAGACAUCUCACCCAAAGUUUUUCUGUAAUGUGGGGCAUCCAUCUUCAGCCUACAGGCCCAUAGUAUCUGUCAGACUUUUCCAUGAAGCAGGAAAUUUCAAAGACUAAUUCGUCAGUCACUUUCUUCUGUGUCCUGCAGAAUGUCUGGCAGACUCUUUCAUGAAGCAGAAACCCUGAAGGGUUGUCUCACUCUUUUUUUUUUAAUUGAUUUUUAUUGAGCUCUACAUUUUUCUCUGCUCCCCUCCCUGCCUCUCCUCUCCCCUUCAACCCUCUCCCAAGGUCCCCAUGCUCCCAAUUUACUCAGGAGAUCUUGUCUUUUUCUACUUUCCAUGUAAAUUAGAUUCAUGUAUGUCUCUCUUAGAGUCCUCAUUGUUGUCUAGGUUCUCUGGGAUGUCUCACCUUCUUUAGGCAAAUUCAGCAGCCACUUUUCUGUGGGUCCUGCAUGUCCAGUUCAUACAGCAUACCAUCAAGCAGCCCAGGCAAGAGCAGUUUGUUUCCCAAAUGGCUAGCCUUGUCACAUUGAAGGCAAAUUUCAUAAUGAGUUUCUUCAAUGCCCAUCAACCUCUCUGAAGUAAUUGGUACUGCCAGAAUCAGAUAUGUCUCACUGUUGAGAAAAGUCUAAGUUCUUUUUUUUUUCUUUUCUUUUUUUUUUUUUUGGUUAUUCGAGACAGGGUUUCUCUGUGGCUUUGGAGCCUGUCCUGGAACUAGCUCUUGUAGACCAGGCUGGUCUCGAACUCACAGAGAUCCGCCUGUCUCUGCCUCCCAAGUGCUGGGAUUAAAGGCGUGCGCCACCACCGCCCGGCAAGUCUAAGUUCUUAAAACAUAUUAAAUGGGGGCUGGAGAGAUGGCUCAGUGGUUAAGAGCAUUACCUGCUCUUCCAAAGGUCCUGAGUUCAAUUCCCAGCAACCACAUGGUGGCUCACAACCAUCUGUAAAGAGGUCUGGCGCCCUCUUCUGGCCUGCAGACAUACACACAGACAGAAUAUUGUAUACAUAAUAAAUAAAUAUUUAAAAAAAACAUAUUAAAUGCCAUAUGUCAUAGGUCUUUGAAGUGUUGAAGAUUAUCUAACUGAACUAUAUCUCUAUAUAUCUAGAAAACCUAACAUGACUACAAGUUUGACUAUUAUAAAUGACUAUUAAUCCAUAUUUUUAAUUAUACAUUAUUAAAUGAGCUUUUUAAAAUACCUUAAAUAAGAGUAGAAAUAUAGAUGACAAAAUUG